ACGCGACCAUCUACAACUCGUCACCGGCGCCGGCCAGCACCCUUUCGUGCACUUUGUACUCAUCUAUCCGUUCGCCCUUGCACGAUCUUAGUUUCUUGCAUAUUUUUUGAGCAUCAUGGCUAUGAAGGCGAUCGUAAAAUCCGUAAUCUCUGGUGACACUCUUGUCCUGCGUGGCAAUCCUGGUCCUCAAGGGCAACUUCCUAAGGAGCGUGUUCUUCAUCUGGCAGACAUUGCGGCACCCAGGAUUGGGAGCUCCAACAGGGAAGACGAAGAAUGGGCAUUCGAGUCGCGCGAGUUUCUCCGCGCCUUCGCCGUUGGAAAACCCGUUACUUUUACAGUCACCCACUCUCUCCCACCUAACGAAGACGUUCCGCGCGACAUCGGUAAUGCUGAGAUUGCAGGACAGGAUGUCGCGUCGGAAUUGCUCAAGAAUGGCUGGGCGAAGCUGAAGGAUCUCAAACGGGACCCCACUGAGGAUGAUCCGAAGAAGCGGGAACUUGAGAACGAAGCCAAGACUGCUCAUAAGGGUAUCUGGAAUGCGCAUGGGCCCAAGGCACGGAAAGUGAACUAUAUGAUGCCAACGGACUCGCAGGCCUUCAUCACUGAGUGGAAGGGACGUCAGCUGGAUGCCAUUGUCGAGCAAGUGAAGGACGGCUCCACGCUCCGGGUCCGACUCCUCAUGCCGGAAGGAGAACACCAGUUCGUUAAUAUUGCACUCGCUGGGGUACGUUGCGCGCGAGUCGCAAGCAAGCCAGGGGAGCAGUCCGAACCGUGGGGUGAAGAGGCUAAGUACUUCACUGAGUGCCGUCUCCUACAACGUCCUGUCCGCGUCCAGCUGUUGUCCUUGCCAACCUCUACUGCGACGCCGUUCCAGACAGGAGCAAAUGCGCCGCCUCCUACCGUUACCAUCUUUAUCGGCACAGUAAUGCACCGCGCUGGAAAUAUUGCAGAGCUGCUGGUUUCUUCGUGUCUCGCGCGCAUUGUUGACUGGCACGCUGGCAUGCUUGCGAUCAACGGCGCCAUGGAACGGCUACGAGCCGCAGAGAAGGUCGCCAAGGAAAAGCGCAUGUACCUCUAUGCCAAUGCACCUGCAUUCACGGCCAAGGCGGAUGGAACCGCCGUGAAUACCCCCUCGCGCUCGUUCGACGGCACAGUGACCCGUAUAUGGAGCGCCGACCAGAUCUCCGUGGUCGAUCGAGAUACUGGCAAGGAGCACAGGCUUCAGCUGAGCUCAACAAGGGGGCCAAAAUUGUCGGACCCCAAUCAGGCGUACUAUGCUUUCGAAGCUCGCGAGUUUCUGCGUAAGCGUUUGAUCGGCAAGCACGUGAAGGUUCACAUCGAUUUCGUGCGCCCGAAAGAGGGAGAGUACGAAGAGCGGGAAUGCGCGACCGUCCGUCAUGGCAAUCAGAACUCGAACAUCGCCGAGCAACUGAUCGAAAAGGGCCUCGCCAGCGUCGUUCGUCACAGGCGUGACGACGAAGACAGAUCACCGGAUUACGACAAGCUAAUGGCAGCGGAACAGGCGGCAACUAAUGACUUGAGGGGUAUUCAUUCAGGGAAGGAACCUCCUGCAUACAAGCAGCCGCUAAACAUUUCGGAGUCGCACAAUCGAGCAGCACCGUUUUUGAAUGGUUUUAAACGGGCAGGCAGAAUGCCCGGUGUAGUCGACUACGUCGCCGCUGGAUCCCGCUUUAAGAUCUUCCUUCUGAAGGACAACCAGGUUCUUACACUCGUUCUCAGCGGCAUCCGGGCGCCCCGCACUGCACGCAACCAGUCUGAGAAGGGCGAACCAUAUGGACCAGAGUCUGCCGACUUUGCCACUCGCCAUUACAUGCAGCGAGAUGUUGAGAUUGAGGUCCAAGAAGUUGACAAGUCUGGCGGGUUUAUUGGAGCCCUCUAUCUGAACAAAACGGAGAACGCUGCCGUCUCGCUCGUCCGGGAGGGUCUUGCUACUGUGCAUUCAUAUUCUGCGGAGUCACUCCCGUGGUCACGGCAGUUGUACGACGUAGAGGACGAAGCUAAGCGGGAAAAACGUAAUAUCUGGCGCGACUACGACGAGAGUGCGGAACAGGCACAGGAAGCUCCGGGAGCGGAUCAAGGCCCGCUGAAACCUGAAUACCUUGACGUCAUUAUCAGCGAUGUAAGGACGACGAACGGAUUCGGCUUUUCCGUCCAGAUUCUCAACACCGAGGGCAUUGCCUCGCUGGAAAAGCUCAUGCGCGACUUCUCGCUGUACCAUAAGGGCGCGACGGAGACGUCGGGCUUUGUGCCGCGGAGCGGGGACCUCGUGUCAGCGAAGUUCUCCGACGGGUCAUGGUACCGCGCGAAAGUGCGCCGCGCAUCGCCGGUCAAGAAGCAGGCGGAGGUGACGUUCAUCGAUUAUGGGAACCAGGACACGGUCAAGUUCGCGAACAUCCGCCCGCUCGACUCCCGGUUCCGAUCGCUCCCCGGGCAAGCACACGAUGCGCGCCUGAGCUUCAUCAAGCUCGUCGACCCGAAGAACGAGCAUUAUACCGAGGCAGUGGAGCGUUUCCGCGUACUGUGCGAGGGCCGGAAACUGGUCGCGAACGUCGAUUAUCGGGAGGGGCCCUUGUUGCACCUGCGUCUGUUCGAUCCGGCUCAGUCUCAGUCACCAGAGACAUCGAUCAACGCGGACCUGCUCCGCGAGGGCCUCGCAACAGUCGACAAGAAGGGAUGCAAGUACCUUGCAGCGUAUCCCGCCGUGGUCAAGUCCAUGCAGGAGGCCGUUGCAGCAGCGAAGCAUGACCAUGUGGGUAUGUUUUACUAUGGAGAUGUUGAGGAGGAUGAUUAGGUGGGCCGGAGGUCCUCAAAGUGUGCCUGGGCAGGUGUUAGGCAGCUGGGAGAGGGGGCAAUGCACAAGGCUGGAUAUUGUUACAGACUCUGGGUUCCAUGUAUUCUGAAUGAACAAUGGGCCCAUAAUAUUGAUCAUCACUCACAAUAUACAGCACUGCAGCACAUUGCCAGGUACAAUCUACUUUGAGGA